AUGAAGGGCGCCAACAUUGUUAUGUUGGGCUUCAUGGGCUGUGCCCUUGCGUUGCCCGCUCCCACUCUGGACGAGAGUCAGGGACUCUCCAACGUUAUGAGCUUAGGAAACUUUGGAGAGUUUGGAGAAUCUGCAGAGCCCGGAGGCUUGCCACCCUCUAUGAAUACUGGCAGUCAAAAUCUCCCAGUCUCUGGAAGCUCUAAGGAAAUAGGAGAAAAUGGAGGUUUAUUGUCUUCUUUGACUUCCGACAGCCAAAAAGCCCCAGGCCCCGAAAGCGCCAAGGAAACCAGGGAAUCUGGAAGUUUGUUGUCCUCUAUGACUUCCAGCAGCCAAAACCUCCCAAGCUCUGGGGAAUCCGAGGAAUCUGCAGAAUCCGGAAGUACGCCAACCUCUAUGACUUCUAGCCGCCAAACCCUCCGAAGCUCUGGGGAAUCUAGGGACUCUGCAGAAUCUGGAAGUAUGCCAUCCUCUAUGACUUUCAGUAGCCAAAAUCUCCCAGUCUCUGGAAAAUCCGAAGAAUCUGUAGUACCUGCAGAAUCCGAAGCUAUGCCCCCUUCAGCUUCGGAGAAGAAUCAGGGACUCUCUGGCCUUCCAGACACGGUCUCUGGAGAAUCUGCCGUAUCUGGAGGUAUGACAUCUCCUAUGGCUUCUGGUAGUCCAAUCCUCCCAGGCUUUGGAGAAUCUGCAGCAUCUGGAAGCAUAACAUCCCCUACGGUUUCCGGUAGCCCAGUCCUCUCAGGCUCUAGAAACUCUGGAGAAACCGGAGAAAUCGAAGGCUUGUCCUCUAUGACUUCUGGCGGUCCAAGCCUCCCCCUUGCAACCCCAAGCAUUGGAGGAUCCAACAGUCAGUCACGCCCAUCGGGGGCCACCCCCACGCCCUCCCUCUUGCCGAUGGGACUUACUGGAACGGGCGGUCUCUCCGGCUCUGGCGAUAGACAACCCGGAGGUGUAUCACCGGGACUUGAUAAUGGGGGUGGCUCGUCGCGCUCUCCUUUCUCCAACCCUGGACAACCCGGUGGUUCAUUGCCAACACUGUCGGGAGUCAUUAGUAGGAUCCUCGGUAUCUCGGGCUCAACCACUAACCAGGGCAUGUCCUCCAGCAACCGUAUAUCUUCCAGCAAUCGCAUAUCUACCAGCAACCGUAAACCUUCUAGCAAUCGUAUAUCUUCCAACAACUUGAUUUCUUCCAAAAGCCGCUACUCUUCCGGCAACAUGCAAGGAAAUUUUGCUGGGGGUUCAGCUAGACGUGCCGGCUCUGAAAGCUCGUCCACUCCUACUCCUACUCCUACUCCUACUCCUUAUCGGGCCACCAAGACUGGCCUCCCCACUUCCACUGGAAAGUCUAAGCCUUUCAAGGCUUAA